AUGUCGCGAAUUUCUUCGCAAUCUCGCAUGCAUACCUGGAAACGAGAUCAAUAUGUCAUCUCAACCGAUUCCUCUUUGGUUCCCAUCAAAAAGAUUGGCGCUGUCUUUGCCUCACCAAUAUUUUAUUGGGCCAAGGCGCUUCCGGAUGCAGUCUUGAAAGAAACAUUGGAGAAUUCACUGUGUUUUGGUCUUUACCAAUCUUCAGUCUCUCAAUCUGGCACCAACCCAGCGGAUCUGAGUUCGGCCGAGUCACGGACAAAUGCAGCUGAAGUUGCGCCUACAGACGCCACAACCGAUGCAGGUCACGUAGCGAGCGAGAAAACCAAACCCGACCUGAAUCUCAUAGGAUUUGCGCGUUGUAUUACCGAUUACACGACAUUUCUAUACUUGACCGACGUUUGGGUUGACGAGCUAUACCAAGGCAAGGGUCUUGGCAAGUGGCUCAUCACAUGCGUUCAAGAGGUCAUUGAGAAGAUGCCAUAUCUGAGACGGAGCAUGUUGUUUACCGCAGAUUGGGAGCGUUCAGUGCCAUUCUACGAGAAGUUGAUGGACAUGACGUUGCUGGAGACUCAAAGAAAUGCCGGGUUGGCCAUUAUGGAACGCAAAGGGUUGGGACAUCCGAGUUACGGAAGUAAUAGUAGCAGCUAUAAUUAA